AUGAAAUUAGACUGUAAAAUUAAGAUUCAAGAUCGACAGAGAACAAAUGGAUUAGCCACUAUCAAAGCUGCGAAAGGUGUUGUUGGCCUUGCCAAAUCCAAUAGCGAUGAGUGGGUUCUCAUCGUUCGACUUUUCAAGGAUACAAGCGCCACACAAUAUAAAUUACGUAACAAUGUUCAGGCACUACUUCACAAGAUGAUUAACAAUGGUAUGGCUACUGUUCAAAUCAAAACGCCAAGUCACGAUGUGCAAUUAUCUGAAGCGAACGUCGAGUCUCUUAAAACUCUACUUUCAAGUAUACGUCUCGCCUCGGCUGGUAAUGAUCUUCCAUCUACGAUUAAGUCGACAUCUGUAAAUGCCGUACAGAAACUUCAGCGUCCAACGCUUCAAUUAACCAUCACUCAAGUCAGUGAUUAUCCCACACUGAAAGGUUUUCCAUCGACAUUAGAAAAACUUACUAUUAAUACCGCACAACUCCGAACGCCAGUCGAUCGUCGAAUUUUUACAUUGAAAAAUCUUCACACACUUGAUCUCUCUGAAAACAACAUCACGCAACUACCAUCGAAAAUCGAAAUGCUCCAUCUUCACACCUUAACUCUUCGCGCAAAUCAAAUCAGAUCCUUUCCAAACGAUCUGAAAUGUCCUGUGCUCAAAUAUUUAGAUCUAAGUCAAAAUCAACUCUCAGCACUUGACGAGACAAUUUUAAAUCUGAACACUCUCGAACGAUUGAUUUUGUCAUCAAAUCACAUCAAGAUCAUUCCCAGACACUUACUACGUUUGUUGCCACAGUUACAAGUUUUCAAUAUCGCAUCUAAUCAGAUUCGAGUCAUUCCUAAUGGUUUAGCUGCCAGCGGUACACGUUUACAUACCUUUCAUUACGGCGAAAACCCUUUGGUAACAAACAAGUGUAUCACAUGUCAACGAUUUAAUUUCACACUUGUGGAAUUAGCUCUUCGAACGGUUGUCAAACACAGAAUUCCUUACAAUUUUCAAACGUUGCCACGAACUUUAUGUUCGUUGUUGGUUAAAUAUGAAUUAUGUGCGCACUGUGCUGCACCAUGUUUGACUAAUUUCGGCGAAAUUUUUGUCCCACGGCAGUUAUCAGCUAAUGGAGUUACAGUUCAUGUUACAGCUGCAAGUCAAUCAUUUGCUGUUCCUGUACAAGAACGAUAUUGUUCAAUGAAAUGUUUUAACUAUGGAUUAAAACGAGCUGGUAACAUAUCGAUCAUCGUUUUGCUCCUCAAUUGCUCCAAUUAA